AUGACAAUUGGAUCACCUCAGAAAGCAGUCAAGAGGCCAGCCAUGAUUCAUGUGGGAGCCUAUCAAGGAGGUUUUGGACUCGUCUCUCCGAGUCAUUCGGGUGGAAAUGAAGCCCAAAUACCCUCAACGAUUGUAUCCCCCAGCGGUUCAUCGGGCCACAACAACACGACCAACAACACAAAUGGAUCAAUAAUAACCUCUCCCUCAAACAAGACGCCAUCUGGAAGCACCAGCAACACUUUUGUUCAACACAACACUAUGUCUGUCAUUAAUUCUGGACCAAGAACCCCAUCAGGAAAAUCGAAAAAGCCACUCAUGGAAAAUGGAAUCACCUCUCCCAAAGUAUUCCGAUCAACAGCCUUAUCAAUGAUCCCAUCCACUCCGACCAAAUCAAGUCAACAACCAUCCUUACAGACUUCCCCAGCGGGUGGAUUGAAUUCUCCCUUCAAAGAAAUUCCUUCUCCUCUCGUUCGUAACUGCACUGCUAUUGAGCCAAGGAGAAAUAUUCAAUCCUCUGCAAAUAAUGGAAUGGGAAAGAUCACUCGCCAGGUGAGUGCCUCCUCUUCACCGUCUUCGUCGUCGUCGUCCUCUGCAAGCAGUACGAGCAGUAAGGGAUCGACCACCCCCCAGUAA